CGUUCAUUCUCGUGCUCAUCGUCGUCGCUGCUGGCCGCAAACAUCCUCGGAUCGAGUCGAGUCCUCAGCCUCUGCGAGCCAGGAUUCACUGCUCUUUGGGCAGCAACGCGACAACAAGUUGAACUCGGCUCGAGCGCAGCAACCGACCAUCAGCCAUCAACUUUCAGCUUUCAACUUUUAGCCAUUAGCCAUUAGCCAACACACAGCUAACAGCUAACAGCCAUCAGCUAUCCGGUCAUCGGGCAUCUAGCCAAAAAAAAAAAAAAAAAAAAAAUCAAAACAAAACACCUGGCGCUAAUCCGUCGCAAUUAACACCACAGUCAAAUAACGAAAUAAGUUUCGAUCAAUUCGAUUUUCGAUCCGAGUGAAUAUUUGCUGCAUUAAUGCAAAGCAAAGCAAAGCGGAGCAAAAAUAAAUAAAUAAAACGUAAAACUCAGCAGAAAGUAAUAAAAUAAGAGCGAACACGUCCGACGAAAACCCGGAGGAGGAAGCCAAAGUGUCAACAAGGACACUUCAGAGGACAGAGAAGCGAAGCAAGGACACCGGAGGGGGAGGAGAGGAGCGGAGGAGUCGGAGCGAGGAGCAGAUUGUCCGGCGCAAGAAGACAGUCGGCAGCGAAUUCCCCGCUGGCGAGCAAUUGAGCAAUUGUGCAAAAUGGAUGCGCUACGCUUCCGUGGUUCGCCAUUUGCCCGCUUCACGGGUCAGUCGACCGGACCGGGUCACCCCCGUCCGCCGCCCCACCCCCAGAACCCCCAGAACCCGCAGAACCCCCAGCAUCCACAGCAUCCACAGCGGCCACAACCGAUGGGAUCCCACGGGAUUGGCGCCCCGGAGCCACUGAUUGUGGUGGAGGAGUCGAACCAGCCCGAGGAGCAGGAGGACAGCUCCGAGCCGACGGUCUCGAAUCGCGGCAGUCUGGACAUCGACUCGCCGGUGAAUCCCUAUCUGCUCUCCCCGUGGCGCGAUCCUCGCGAGGCCAGGAAGCACUCGCUGCCGUCGCAACAGGUCACCGAUGGCAUCACCGCCAGCCAGGUGCGCCGUCUCUCCGAGCGAGGUGGCGAGGGCUCCGGCCCCACCCCCAAGGAGGCCGCCUUCCUGGCCACCCUGUCGCAGGCACCCGCCCCCACCGGACGCCGGCACUCGGUGGUGACCAUCUCCAAGGUGCCCACCACCCUCUUCGGGCGAUCGCGUCGCGAAUCCGUCGCCGCCUAUCCCAGCAGCAAUGGGAGCAGCCGUGUCUUGAACUCUCGACGCGAGAGCAACGGGCCCCCGUCGACCGACCCCAUUGGGAGCAUCCACAACCUGCAGCUGGACAUCAUGGACGACAUCUACUUGCAGUCGAGGAAGGCGCGCUUGAAGCUCUGGACGUCAUCGAACGAGAAGGUCUGCGAGGUGCAAACGGUGGAUGAGGUGGGCGCCGGUCAGCCGGGCAGGCGGUUCACCAACCGUCGCUACUCCGAGUGUCCCCAGCCGGGAUUGGCUAGCUCCUUUCGUCGCGCCUCCGAGUUGCCUCCACAAACGCAGCAGCAGCAGUCGCAGCAGCAGCAGCAGAAUCUGCAGCAGAGCUCAACUCGGGCAUCAACGCGUCGCAAGAAAUCGGGCAGCGGCACUGGUCUGCUGGGCAGUCGCUCGGAUAUCGCCGGUAUAUUCAGUUCGUUGACCAGCUCGGCCAUGGAUAUGCAUCGCUCGGAACCGGAGGGCAGGGACAACAGCUCCAGUGCCAGCUCAUCGGCAACGGCGACCGCCGGCAGUCCGUUUCUCAGCCAGACAUUUCAGGCCGCCGCUCGUGGGCGGGCCACGAGUGCCACGCCCACACCAACAACGGGCUACCAAGCGAGUGGUGGUGGUUUGAGUGGUGGUGCAGGUGCAGGUGGCUUGGCAGCCGGCAGCUCCACCAGCGGCGGACUGCUCGAUCCGAAUGCCGGGCGGUCGACGCGUUCGAAUAGCUUCGAUGUGUCCUUGCUGAACAAUGCCAAGCAGCUGGUGAGCGAUGUGCAGGACAAUGGAUCGGCAACGCUGACGGGCUGGUUCGCCAAGCGGCACACUCCGCUGGCGCGGAAGAAGAGUGUGCGGAGCAAGAGUUCGGCGGUGGCGCUAUCCAAGGAUGUGCUCGAGCGGCUGCAGAAGAAGGAUCCACUGGGCGGCGAUUCCGGCAAACCGAAGUUGAAGCCGCGCAGCAAGCAAAAGACCUGGGCGGAGUCCACCAAGGCAACGGUGGAUGCCACAAUUCUGGGCACGGCCAUCGAGGGAUUUCUGCGGAAGAGCUCGAAUGCCAGUAUGUCGGGAGCGGGACUGGGUUCGGGUGGCGCCUCCACGUCGGCGGCUGCACGGGGUGCCGCCUCCAAAAGUGGCAAGGAUUCGGGCGGCAGCGGCGGCAGCGCCAGUGGAAGUCCCGCUCACGGCAAUCGACGCAAUCGCAGCUCCGCCGGCAGUUCGGCCCAGUCGCAGGCGGGACGGGCGGUCCGCUCGACGCUCAACUGGUUCGGCAAGGCCGACGAGGACGAUUCGAAGGACACGUGCGACGCCUCGCUCUGCGCCACGCUGAAGGACCUCUUCGUCAAAUAGGUCGGGGGCCGCAGGGGCAAGUAAAGCGGCGGGGAAGGUCCCGCCAACAGCAGCACAACGCCAGCUACUUGCACCUCUGAGAUCCAGAAAUCCUUAUCGAAUUCCAAAAUCAAUGCGAACGAAGUUGGAGGCUUACACAAUGCAGUGAACAAUAAGCGCAGCAGAAAUCACCAUUGAAAUCACAAUCACAUGAACAUAAUGAACAAGCCGGCGGCUCAAUGACAGAUUAAAAGCACAGUUUGGCUCUCUGUUUCGAGGAAGCGAAGAUGCAGAUAAUAUUUGAAAAUCAAAAUCAAUCAUAAUCACAACACAGCACUCACAUGACUCACAAAACAAUAUAAUAAUUGACAGCAGAGGCUUCACCAAUCAUGAACAUAAAUUCAAACACUGAGAACAUUGCAUAAAAAAGGUCGGCAGUGAAAGUUGAUCAGACGGUAACUGAAUGAGAAAUUAGAACUGCGAAGUAAACCGUAUACCUAAAAUCGAAACAAUAAUAACAGAACCGAUGCUAUCGAUACCUGACAGAAAAGCCCGAUUAAUAUAUUUGAUACUUACAGAAAUAACGAAUAAGAAAAGCCAGUAAACGAAGGAUCAAAUGGAGAAAUAAGUACUAAACACAAAAUACAGUGACCUACUGUACCUGAAAAAGGUAACCGAAUAAUACACAAAUACAUCCAAUAAACGGUAAACAUAAUACCGAUUAACACUAGAAUCCGAUCGACGGCGAUUAAUAAUAAUAGUACAAGAGAGCAACUUUUAAACGGUACAAGUAACUUUAUGGAUAACGGUAAAUGGUAAGUGCAAAGGCGAAUGCGCAAGCGAAACGAUAAGCGAUAAACAGUGAUCGAUAGGCAGAUAGUUAAGCGAUAGACGAUAGAGAUUAAGGCAACGCUGCAGGGGAGUCAAUCAGGAGAAUCAGGAAUCGAGUAUUCAGGAACGAGACAAAAAGCUCACCCCAUCCAACCUCCACCCAAAAAGGCAUUGUACCUCAUGUAUAACUAAUAUUGAUACAGAUUUAAUAAUACCAAAUAUAUAUAUAUAUAUAUAUUCUCAUACAUUUGCAUAACAUUUGUAGUCAAAGAAAAUGAAGAGCGGAGAAUCGAGAAGAAUUGGGUUAAAUACGAAGGGCAGAGAAUAUAUUAAUACGAAUAUUUUUCUACGUGCAGAGCAAUUUAAGCGGGUUUCAGCGGCUGAGUAAAUCCCGGAUGGAAGGAGAUUAUUGAGGAUUUUUUGAAGCAUUGCCGGUUUGGGGCAAUACCAACUAACGAUAUAUAAUAUAUAUAUUAUGUAUGGUUGGUUAUUUUUUUUUUGUGGUGCCCAUUGCAGUUGGCAUAUCGAAGAUGAAGGUUGAGGAGUAUGAACACGAAUACACAGACAUAUGAAAAGGCAGCCGUGGCAUAUACAUACAUACACACAAAUCGGUCUUUAUAAUUAUCGAGUCACCAACAAUCGGGUGAAUCAGUGCGAAAGAUGAUGCUCCAACGGUUGCCACAACCAUAUCACAAUAAAUACACACACACACACACAAUGAAAUCAGCACGGCAGCGUGCAUAUAAACACGUUACAAUAUACGAAUAUAUAUAUCUAUAUAUACACAUAUAUAUCUACGGAGAAUAAGAAGUAAAUGUCUACAGACUCAAGAGUUUUAAUCAAUGUAAACCACACAAUAAAUGUAAUUUGUAUGUACAAUCUGAGCUUACUCGAGGCAAAAAUCAUCGCAAAUCACAAACAAAUAACACACUAAAUCGAGUCGAACCAAAUCGAAUUGAAUCGAAUCGAAUCGAAUCGAAUCGAAUUGAAUUGAAAAUCGAAUAUAAAUUAAUGUUCGCGUUGAAUAUUUAAUGUUAAACGUAAAAUAAUACGCAGGCAGAAGCUCAAAAGUAGCUGACUGUUGGGGAAAAGUGAGGAGCCUGGGGAAGUUUUCCCCAGGAAGAAGUUUGAAAAUCAAUUAACGAAGAAAUUCAAAUUGGAAAUUCGCAAUUGCAGAAAUUGGCAAACAGUGGGGGCUAUAGAAAAACAUUGAGAGAUAGCAAAAAAAAAAACCAGAGAGAGAGAAAGAGAAAGUUGAGAAAGUAGGAAGAAACAAACAAACAAACACAGAAGCAAACAAUCAGUCAAUAUUGCAAUCAAUCAAGUGUGUUUCUAUGGGCGGCAUUUGGCUCUGUCAAUUUGUCAAUUUCGAUCAAAGGCAACCAAAUGGCGUUGAUGAUGGGCAAUAUGGCCUGCGGCAAGGAUUUAUCGCAAGGAGGAGUAUGAGAAGGAUUAGAUAGCGGAUUGCAAAUGCAGUGUGUGUUUGGUGUGUGGGAAUAUACACACACACACACUCGUACAAUAACCAUACGCGUAUGUUUAAUGAAUUAUCCAUCUAACAAUCUAACAAUUGUAUCUCAAUGUGCCCGACAAACAAAUGUGUUUUAGACUUCGAUUUCCAUGUGCGUGUCUCAAGGAGGUAACCCAAAGUUAACUUUCACUUUCAGUGUGUUAUAGUGCUGCAGCGCGGCAGAUCUACAUAUAUAUCUAUACAUAUACAUAUACAAGCAUAUAUGAAUAUACACAAUAUCUACACAUGAGAAACAAAACUAAAUUAAAAAUUAAAAACAUUUAUAUAUAUAUCUAUAUAUAUAUAUAUAUUAAAACUAUUUACAAGUGCGAUCCUUCUUGGUCGCAGCGAACUAAAGUUGUCCACGUUUUGCUCAUCCUCCUAACUGUUGUUCUAUAUAUAUAUAUCGUUGCUAUAACCGAUCUAAACUAUGUAACAAUAAAUGUGUACAAAAUGAAGGGGAAUCCAAGGAGGAAAUAGCGAGGGGAAAUGGGGAAAGUCGGAGUCUAGGAUCUGGUACUAUCUACUAAUCCAAAUAGAUCCCUUCGCAGAAGGUCAAAGCAACUCUCAAGUUCUAUUUGUCCUAUUUUUGAUAGUUGUAUAUAUAUAUAUACCACGAACGUACAUGCAUAUAUACCGCAUAUAUACACACACCAAAAAACACUACUAAAUGAACGCAAUUUUUUUCGAUUGAUUUAGCAUUGAAUGUGCAGUUAGAUUUAUGAAUACCAAACAUAUUCGUAUAUAUGUGUGUGUGUGUACCUCUAAGGAUAAUAAUGCCUCCAAGGAUAAUACCGAAGCUCCGGCGAUAAUCGGCGGCGGGACAAGGAACAACGGGCAAUGCCGCAAUUUGUGGCAGGCACUUCCAAUGUUCCGCCGCCGAUUGUCUCCCUUUGGGGGCGUUUCAUUGUCAUUUGUUGUUGACGUUGUUGAUGUCGUGCAAUUGUAAUUACCGUUGUUCAAUUGUUGUUAAUGUUUAUCCACAUGUCUGUUUUUUGUGUGUGCGUUAAGACCUAAGACUACUUAACAAUCGGUUACCACCGACUAAAAAAAUACUUUAGUAGUGUUAACACGGCGCCCCACGUUGCAACUUAACCCUUUUUAGAGUGCGGCACCUGGGGAACCUUAAAUUCGAGCGGCUUUUCAUUUGAUUUGAUUGGGGUGAAUGAUUUGAUUUCUAGGGCUUUGGUGGGCUAACCAAAAAAGAAAAAUGGAGGGGGGAAAAGUGGGCAAAACUACGCAUAAUCUAGUGAGUUAAGCGAUGGUCGAGAGUGGCACGUAAUAUCCGACAUGCAUAUAUAACUAGGCUAUAUAUCUGUGUAAAUAACGGAGGAAGGAAUCCGGGGGAAAGGACACUUUUUGGGAAUACGUUUGUACAUAGUUAUGCGUAUGCUAGCAGGGGAAAUUAGCAGAAAGGUAGUGUGUUUUUUUUUAAAAGCCAAAAUCCAAAUGCAACCGAAUGUAAAACAAUCAAUUGAUGACACAUAAUGUAAACGAAAAACAAACAAAAAAAUGAUUAACGAUAAACGAAAGCUAAAAACAAUACAAUUAACUAAACUGCAAGUGGCGAUGUAAGGAGUACUUAAAUAGGUUUAUAUGUGUAUGCUCCUCGAGAGAAGUGGCCCAAACCUUCCACCAUCCGAGAUAAUUUGAGAAUCCAUGAAUCCAACAAUCCAUGAAUCCAUGAAUCCCGUGGAGAGUGGAACUGGAAUGCGAAGGAGGAGGAUGGAGGAUGGAGGAUGGAGGAUGUGCACCAGGCGAGAGUACUUUACCACACAUACAAUACCCAAUAUACAGCUAAAUAUACACCCAUAUACAUCUAUAUAUACAUAUGGAAUAUACAUAUAUACGGAAAUAAAUAGUUUAUGUGUA